AUGUCACAGAAUGUGAAAAGUUCUCGGUCAGUGGUUGAUAUAGACAACGAUCCUCAAUAUGAGUUUCAACUUCUCUCGACUAUACGAUAUGACCCGAACUUGACAGUGAAUUCUCCAAUGAGUUUCGACCAACUUCAAUUCGAAAAUUUUUACUUGCUUCAUGACCAUGUCGAGCGGAUAAAGUACUCCUUGAGAUUUUUCACUCGUCAGUAUCUUACUAAGACCAAGAAUGAAAAACCUCCACAAGUGACAGUUCCAGAAAUAUCAGAUCCAAUAAUCUUCCAACAUUUAAAAUCUUCUCUGUGUGAAUCUCGAAUAAGCCUAUCAACCCCUCAUAAAAUCAGACUAUUGAUAUCUUUCAAUGGCAAAGUUGAUGUGGAAUUUUAUGAAAUUCCGCCUGUUCGUGAUUUACUCGGUGGAUUUCUGAAUCUUGAACCUCCACUUUUCGAUGUAUACAUAGAUAAACAGCAAGUGUUGGCUUCUCCCUUCACUUCAUUCAAAACCACUUAUCGAAAGGUUUAUACCGAUGCCAGGAAUAGGUGUUUACCAGGACUUAAACCUGGUAAAGAGGAGGUUAUUGUAAUCAACACUGCCGAUGAAGUCAUGGAAGGUUCAAUCACAAAUAUUGCAUUGAAAUCAAAUACUGGGGUUUGGCUCACGCCGCAGUUGACCUCAGGUUGUCUAUGUGGUGUUAUGAGAAGUCAUUUAUUACAAAAAAAGCUUCUUAAAGAAUAUCUCAUCUAUAAACAAGAUUUGAAGCCGGGGACUGAGCUUUUAUUAUUCAAUGCCAUCAUGGGGGUGGUUAAAGGAAAAAUUAUUGAAUAAUUUUAUGAAAAUAAUUAUAUUGUCU